GCUACGCUUCCUCUUGGACGUCUACGUUCACACACAUCAGCCGGUUUCAUAAAAAUAACUUCUGCCCGCACAUAUUACAUUCCUUAUUAGCUUAUUUACCAACGGUGUAUUUAGCGGUUCAUAAUAUCUUAAAUGGAGACCUCUGGCAACACGAAUAAGAAGCAGAAACUAAGUAAUGCACCCGAGAGCUGGGGUAAGCAGCGAGCUACAAAUGUGACCUAUCAAGCCCAUCAUGUGAGCAGAAACAAGCGUGGACAGGUAGUGGGAACCAGAGGAGGCUUCAGAGGCUGCACUGUGUGGCUUUCAGGUUUAUCCGGCGCGGGGAAGACGACAGUCAGCAUGGCGCUCGAGGAGUACCUGGUGUGUCACGGCAUCCCCUGCUACACGCUGGAUGGAGAUAACAUCAGACAAGGCCUCAACAAGAACCUGGGUUUCAGCCCUGAAGACCGCGAGGAGAACAUUCGCCGUAUCGCUGAGGUGGCCAAACUCUUCGCCGAUGCUGGACUCGUGUGCAUCGCCAGCUUCAUUUCCCCGUACAGCAGGGACCGUCUGAAUGCCAGAAAGAUUCACGAAGCCGCCGGCCUGCCGUUCUUUGAGGUGUUUGUGGAUGCUCCUCUGGACGUGUGCGAGCAAAGAGAUGUAAAAGGUCUCUAUAAGAGGGCUAGAGCUGGAGAAAUCAGAGGCUUUACAGGAAUAGACUCUGAGUAUGAGAAGCCAGAGGCUCCAGAACUGGUGCUGAAGACCGAUUCAUGCAGUGUGAACGAGUGCAUCCAACAACUCCUGGAUCUCCUGCAGGAAAGGGACAUUGUUCCUGUGGAUGCGUCCUAUGAGGUAAAAGAGCUCUACGUGCCGGAGAACAAACUGGAUUUGGCCAAGGCCGACGCAGAGACUCUUCCAGCUGUAGAGAUCACAAAGGUGGACAUGCAGUGGGUCCAGGUGCUCGCCGAGGGCUGGGCCACUCCUCUGAAUGGUUUCAUGAGAGAGAGAGAGUUCCUUCAGUGUCUUCAUUUCAACUGUCUUCUGGAUGGUGGGGUUAUUAACCUGUCGGUGCCGGUGGUCCUGCCCGUCUCAAGUGCAGACAAGGAACGCCUGGACGGCAGCACAGCGUUCACGCUUCUCUACAAUGGCCGGAGAGUCGCCAUCCUUCGCAACCCGGAGUUCUAUGAGCAUCGCAAGGAAGAGCGUUGUGCCCGGCAGUGGGGUACCACUUCCAAAGAUCACCCUUACAUUAAGAUGGUGAUGGAGAGUGGAGACUGGCUGGUAGGUGGAGAUCUCCAGGUUCUGGAUCGGAUCUACUGGAACGACGGGCUGGAUAGUUACAGACUCACCCCAACUGAACUCAAGCAAAAGUUUAAAGAGAUGAACGCAGAUGCCGUCUUUGCUUUCCAAUUACGGAACCCAGUGCACAACGGCCACGCGCUGCUCAUGCAGGACACGCAGCGGCGUCUCGUCGAGCGCGGAUACCGCCGGCCCGUGCUGCUGCUGCACCCACUGGGCGGCUGGACCAAAGACGACGACGUGCCACUGGCCUGGCGCAUGAAACAGCAUGCCGCCGUGCUGGAGGAGGGGCUGCUCGACCCAAACUCCACCAUAGUGGCCAUCUUCCCAUCGCCAAUGAUGUACGCCGGGCCCACAGAGGUGCAGUGGCACUGCAGGGCCCGGAUGGUGGCUGGGGCCAACUUCUACAUAGUGGGCCGUGACCCAGCAGGAAUGCCCCACCCGGACACGGGUAAAGACCUCUAUGAGCCCUCCCACGGAGCCAAAGUCCUCACUAUGGCCCCUGGUCUCAUUUCUUUGGAGAUCGUGCCUUUCAAAGUGGCGGCCUACAAUAAAGUCAAGAAGGCUAUGGACUUUUACGACCCCAAAAACCACCAGGACUAUGACUUCAUCUCAGGAACCCGCAUGAGGAGGAUGGCUCGCGACGGCCAGAACCCUCCGGAAGGCUUCAUGGCGCCCAAGGCCUGGUCUGUUCUCAAGGAGUAUUACCAGUCGAUGGAGAAGAAGGCCUAAGUGGUUUUGCAGGUGUGUAGACGGGAGGAAACAUUUCUGUUACAGUGGGAGAAAAGGGGAGGAGAAGAUUAAAAAACAAAAAACACAAUAAUGGAUCACUGGGACCACCCAAUGGACUGUUUUUGGACGUUACUUGCAAGAUGCACAUCGUUCCUCAUAAAAUCACUGUACGGUUCAGGGCUCAGAGUCUUACGAGAGCAUUUUUAUAUGGUCUGUUUUAAAAUAUGAAUAAUGCGAAUUAACUUUGUGGAAGGUAACGAGAAAAUAAAUUAUUUAGUGUC